GUGAGAAGCCGCUGACUACACAGUUGCUGCUUCCGCUAACUCAUCCGACAGAGCUAGCAGCGGGGUGUCUAAAAACAAACAAUGGGCAAGAAACACAAAAAACACAAAUCUGAUAAACACGGAUAUGAAGAUUAUGGAGACAGGCCGCUGAAGCUGGUGUUAAAAGUGUCCGGGAACGAGGUGACGACCGGAAGCUCGAGUUUGGACACAUUUUAUGAGGAUCACCUGGCAGACGGAGACAAACCUAAAGAGAAAAAGAAGAAAAAGAAAAAAGACAAAGAAAGAAGCCUUGGCUCACCAGGGGAGGAAAGAGGGAAGAAGAAGAUGACUAAGAAGAAAAAAGGGCAAAUAGCAGAGGGGGAAAACGACAGAGAUCCGUGCAGGACUCCUAUACGUUCAGAACUGGAUAAACUAGAAGAAAAAGAGCAGACACCUCUGCAGGAAGCUCUGAAUCAGCUCAUAAGGCAGCUUCAAAGGAAAGACCCCAAUGCGUUCUUUUCAUUUCCAGUCACAGACCUCAUUGCACCUGGUUAUUCUUCAAUUAUCAAACGCCCUAUGGACUUCAGUUCAAUGAAGGAGAAAGUAAAGAAAGAUUACUACCAGUCGUUGGAUGAACUCAAGAUGGAUUUCAGGAUCAUGUGUGAGAAUGCCAUGAUUUACAACAAACCUGAGACGAUCUACCAUAAAGCAGCUCGAAAACUGUUACAUUCUGGGAUGAAGAUCCUGAGCCAGGAAAGGCUGGACAGCCUGAAGCAGAGCAUUGAUUUCAUGUCAGGCCUCGACCCCCUGACCAAACAGCCCUUCAAGUCUGAGGAGCAAGGGGUCAGCAGCCUGGACCAGAACAAGGAGGGAGCCUCGAGCUCGGGGGCCAGUGAACGCUCCCAGACACCCAGCACACCCAGACAGGACAAAGACACCAAGGACGAAGCGGCAAAGGCUGAGAAAGAGCUUGAGGAAAUCCGCAAGGUCAUCGAUGAGUCUGGAGGAAAGCUGUCCAACCGAGUGCUGCAGUGUGAUUUGGAGUUUGCGAGGCAGAAGUCCGAUGGCUCCACCACUCUGGCUAUACUCAACCCAGCUGAUCCCUCACCAGGGGAUGUUGGAUACUGUCCGGUGAAGCUGGGCAUGAUGUCCAAUCGUCUGCAGAACGGUGUGAACGCCCUCCAGAACUUUAGGGAGGACAAGAGGAACAGGAUCACUCCAGUGUCCUAUUUAAACUACGGACCGUUCACGUCCUACGCACCCACCUUCGACUCGAGCUUCGCCAACGUCAGCAAGGAGAACUCUGACCUCGUCUACUCCUUCUAUGGAGAAGAGUCCAGUCUGCAGGGUUCAGACAGCUUGUCUGAAUUCUUGGCCAAACCAGACGAGUAUAUGUACAAACUGGCAGACAACCUUCUGGACGCCUUGACCAACGGAGAGCAUUCUAAAGCCCUGAAGGAGACCGAGGAGCAGCCACAGACCACAAAUACACAGGAGGACAAAGGUGACACAGAGGGAGCGCAGCCCGACUCUUCCAGCAAGCUGGACUUCCUGCGCUCUGCUGCAGGCCUGGACACGGAGGAGGAGCUCUCUGAGGAGGUUCUACACUUCCAGCAGAAAUUGGACGAGACUACAAAGCUCCUGCGCGACUUGCAGGAAGCUCAGAGGGAGCGUCUGAGUGCAAAGCAGCCUCCUAACAUGAUCUGCCUGCUGGCUCCGACUGCCAAGGAGCUCGAGCUGGCUGAGAAGGUGACAGGAAACCUGACUGAGCUGACUGGUCAAGUGGCCCCGUGUGACGUCAGCAGCGUCCACAGCAUCAGGAAGGCCAUGGGUGUCGCCGUCCCUCCAGAGGAGUCACCCGAGUCCCUCGUAGACUUCACUACAGUGGAGACGAGUGAACCAAUGGAGAUUUUACCAAGCGGCCCGGACGUUGUUCCGUACGUCAUCGUGAAAUGAACUUCCAACCG